UAAGAUGGCGACUCCCAUGCAUCGGCUCAUAGCCCGGAGACAAGCUGAAGCGAAUAAACAACAUGUAAGAUGUCAGAAAUGCUUGGAAUUUGGACAUUGGACUUAUGAAUGCACAGGAAAAAGAAAAUACCUACACAGGCCUUCAAGAACAGCAGAACUAAAAAAAGCCUUAAAAGAGAAAGAAAACAGAUUACUAUUACAGCAAAGCAUUGGAGAAACUAAUGUAGAGAAAAAGACCAAGAAAAAAAGGUCUAAGAGUGUCACCAGUUCCAGUAGCAAUAGCAGUGACAGUUCAGCCAGCGACUCUUCCUCAGAGAGUGAAGAAUCAUCUACCUCAUCCUCCUCAGCGGACAGUGACACUGAUGAAAGCUCCUCCAGUUCGUCAUCUUCCGCUUCCUCCACAAGUUCUUCAUCCUCCUCUGAUUCCGACUCAGAUUCCAGCUCUUCCAGUAGCAGCAGCUCUAGCACAGAUAGCAGCUCUGAGGAAGAACCACCAAAGAAAAAGAAAAAGAAAUAGAAUUGCUUCGCCUGUUUCAGAACUGAUGGACUGAAAACAUUAAUGUGAUUCUCAAAAGAGAAUCAAGAAUAUGUUAAAGCCAAAUAGAUUAACUGGUCAAAAUUUCUAGAGUUCAAAAAAUUCUAAAUGUUCUACAUUGUCAGAGCAAAAAGAGUAUUAAAUGUGAAAUAUAUAAAUACUUUUUUAUUUUAAGGGUAAAUCUUGUUGUUCUUUUUUAUCUUUAAAUAAAUGUCUCUAGGAUUUAAUCGGAGCUUAAAUCCAGUAAUUCUCUGUGAUGAAAUAUGUUCUCUCUUCUCCCUGUGAAAUAAAUGCCAUACUUUGUUAUAUGUUAAUGGUGUAAUCAGACAUGCUUUCAGUAUAAUGUAACAGACUAUCUGGCAAUCAAUUUCUAAUGCUUUUGGCCCAGUGUUAUUAUGUAAGACUUAAUACAUUGUUACUGUAAGCUUAGAUGUUUUCUUACUGUUAAUAAAUGUGCUCUGUUUUU